AUGUCAGGUCGUUUGUUGAAGAAAGUUUUGAAGGAACAAGAAGAGGACCAACGCAUAGAAUCGGACCACGAAGAGGAAGAAGAAGAAGCCCAGCAGCUGAACGGGAAAGCUUCAAUCAAUCCCUUCGACCUCCUCAACGACGAUGACCAUGACCUUGACCACCAGGAGGAUGAAUCAGAAACUUUUGAUGAACCCUCAAUUGUGCCUCAGCUGAAAACUAAGGUUGGUGGUGUGGUUUCAACGUCCAAUCAAAAAUCAAAGAAGAAGAAAAAGAAGAAAGGCAAAGAGGUUUCUUCUUCUUCAAGUACAUCCAAUGUUGAAAAGCCCUUGGAUGCGAUUCUUGAAUCACUCUCUUUGGAUGCCCCUGGAAAAUCAGCUGACACAAAGGAUUGUGAUAAUUUGGGUAAGCCAUGUGCACCCUCUACAUUACAAGUGGAUCCCAAGUUUUUAAAUGCUGAAAAUGAGAUGCGAAGAAUCUUUGGCUCUAAGGUGGUAAGGUCCUUUGAGAAACAUGAGCGAAGUGGCAGUUCUAGAAUGGCACGAGGUGGAAGACGCAGUGCUUAUAUUCCUAGAAAAACUAUCCUGAUCACACCAUCAGAGCAUUGGCCUCGCUGGGAUGGUUCUUUGUCCAUGGAAUUUCUUCACGUGAGCGAAGGAUACCAUCACUUUCGAUAUGUACAUUCCUCAUCCUACCGUCAAGCACAGAGUGAAUUUGAAGCUGCCAAAGCUAUACAUGAUAUCAAUGCCAUUGCAAGUGUUUUAUUAUACCAUCCUUAUCAUUUGGAUUCUCUUAUAACUGUGGCAGAGUACUAUAAGUUUACGGGUGAGCAUCAAAUGUCAGCAGAACUGAUCUCGAAGUGUUUAUAUGCUUUGGAAUGUGCAUGGAAUCCAAUGUUCACCCCCUUGCAGGGUAAUUGCCAAGUGAAAUACAGCUAUGAAACAAACAAGCCUCUGUUCACCGUACUUUUUACUCACAUGAAAAAUAUGGAUAUGCGUGGCUGCCAUCGAUGCGCUUUAGAAGUUUGCAAGUUGUUACUUUCACUAGAUUCUGAUGAUCCAAUGGGGGCCAUGUUCUGUGUUGACUAUUUUUCUUUGAGGUCAAUGGAGUAUGCUUGGCUAGAACGGUUCUCUGAAGAGUAUAAAAGUGAUAACUCCUUAUGGUUGUUCCCAAAUUUUUCAUAUUCCCUUGCCAUUUGCCGUUCCUAUCUUGAGAAAGAGGAACCUUCAAAAGAUGCACUUGUAAAAACUGCUAAGGCUACUUCAACUGAUCUUAUGAAGCAGGCAUUGAUGCUUCACCCCACAGUCUUAAAGAAAUUAGUGGACAAGGUACCUUUGAAGGACAAGGUGUGGGUGGAUAUACUCAAAAAUGCAUUUUUCCGAGCAGAUCAAGUAGGAAUCCCAUCGUUGGAUCACCUAAUAAACAUAUAUGUUGAGAGAAAUAGUCUUAUAUGGAGGCUCCCGGAGCUGCAAAAUUUGCUGAGGGAUGCUGCACAGCUUGUGAUUGAAAGACUAAGGCAUAAUAGUAGUGAUAAGAAGGAUUGGGCAUGCGUGAGAAAAGAAGCAUUCUCAUCUGAGAAAAAUGAGUAUGCCCACUUGUUGGUUUCAGAUUUUGCUUCUUCGGCGCCAUCUGCCCCACCUGAAGUUUUGCAACAUUUCAUGCUUGAUCCAAGGAUGAGGGAUGCUGCGCAGCACCCUGUUGGAGAUCCAAUGGAGGGUGGCCGUGCUCCCCGUAAUGUUGCAAAUCGAAAUACAUUGGCUGUUUUGCUUGAGUCAAUGCUACCAUGGGUUCAUUAUGGGGAUGGAGAUGGAGGUGUUGAGGAGGAAAACCAAGUAAAUGGCCAUGGUGCAGGCAAUGACUAG